UAAGUAUUCACUUCAACAAUUUUAUCCACACAGUGCAGCUGCUGCAGGAGGGGGCAGUGACUCCUGAAGUGUCUGUCUGAUUAACUCUGGAGACGAGCAGUGGACUGAUCCUGGCGGAAAACCAACGGAAUAUCAAGAAUUAGAUAAUGAUCGGUAAAUUUUACUUCCUGCUGUCCCUUCUCCAAGCUGUGGUGUCUGAAGAGUGGAGAGCUGACAUCCCAAGAAACGUGACAGCGCAGAGGGGCGUGUGUGCCCGGAUUCCAUGCUACUACAGCUACCCAUCGAAUCUGGAAAAUGAACUGCGAACUGGAGUAUGGUUCAAUAAUGUGAAAUGGGCAGCACAUUCUAUCGUCUUUCACUCCAGGGAUCAUGUAUUUGAGUCUUCAAAAUUUCGCCAUCGAACUCAGCUAACUGGAGAUCUGGAUGACGGAGAAUGCACCCUGGUUAUAAACUAUGUUAAACAGACAGAUGAAGGUCCUUAUUUUUUCAGAAUAGAAUUUCAGAAUGGUCACAAUUUUGAUUAUCCAGUCAUCCAGCUUCAUGUUUCUGAUUUCACAGACAAACCUUCGAUAUCUGCCACUGAAAUGGUUGCAGGAAAGCCUGAGAAUAUAAACUGCACCUUCAACACCAAAUGUGAGACAAUGGUACCCACAUUAACCUGGGACAUGCCCACUGAUAUUUCAGCUUCAAGCUCAAGAAUCAUAACUCCGUGGGGUGACUCAAUGAUAUAUACUUCUGUUCUGACCUUGACUCCAGAACUUAAACACCAUGGGCAAAAUCUCACCUGCAGAGUCAGAUACCCAUUUGUUUCAUCGGAGCAGACCCUCACUCUAAUUGUGAAGUGCAGCUGCCAAAGAGAGGAUUCUGUUUUUGCGAGUGAAUGUCAGCUUUGUGGAAGACAAUCUCUGUUAACCACCUCUUUGAUCUCAGUACCUACAACAGUGGGACAAAAAUUACCAGUCAUCCCAUUGGCAGUUACAGCAGUAAUUCUGUUCCUGAUCGUCACGUCAGCUGUGAUUUUCCUCAUUUGCAAAACGCAACAAAGCACAAUCAGUGCUCAAGAAGAUGCAUUAAGACACACAUCAGGGAAGGAAUUUGGGAAGGUGACCAUGAGAAACAAACAGAAGGAAAAGGAGCAUGGUCAAAAGCACGAUGAACCAUUUGAAAACCAGGUUACAGAUGCAGGGGGAGCACAGAAGAAGUCGGAAACGGCAUUGCACCAUCACACGAACCAAUAUCAGAUGGAAAAUAUAUAACAAAACAGUCAGUUUGAUACUCCAAAUAUGCCAAUGUUUAAUCAGAUUAGGAACAGAAGAUAGAUAAUCAGGGAAGGAUUGUCUGAAAUUCCACUUAUGAACAAUUCAUUCUCCAGUACAGUUUCUAUUGCAAGACAGAAUCUAAGGCCGUUCCCAUAAGUUCAUUUUAUGAAGUGAAGGUGCAGCCAAAUUGAUUCUUCACAGCCUGAUUCAAAUGAUGCAAAUUGAUUCUUCCAUGCAUCCUGCUUCAGGACAAUAUCUCGCUGUUGAAAAUAAGCUCCACACUUCUCCAUCAUCAAUAUCAGGUGAUUAGGUUGCCCAAGCAGGUGCUUCUGUUCACAGAAGUCACGUGACCCUGGCGGAUGGGAGAGACUUCCGGUCCAAUCGCCACCACUGUAUCUUUCUGAUCGUGUGAGAACUUGGCUCCUUCAUAGAAACAUAGAAAAUCUACAUCACAAUACAGGCCCUUCUUCCCACAAAGCUGUGCACAGCAUGUCCUUAAGUUAGAAAUUACCGAGUCUUAACCCUAGCCCUCUAUAGUUCAACGUUCCAUGUAGCCAUCCAGGAGACUCUUAGAAGACCCUAUCAUUCCCACUUCCACCACCGCUGCUGGCAGCCCAUUCUAUGCACUCACCACUCACUGCUUUAAAAAACUUACCCCUGACAUCUCCUCUGUACCUACUUAUAAGCAUCUUAAAACCGCACCCUCUAGAGCUAGCCAUUUCAGCCCUCAAAAAAUGCCUCUAACUAUCCAACUAAUCAAUGCCUGCCAUCAUCUUAUACACCUCUAUCAGGUCACCUCUCAUCCUCCGUGGCCUCCAAGGGGAAAAUGUCAAGUUCACUCAACCUUUUCUUUUAAGGAAUGCUCCCCAAUCCAGGCAAAUCUCCUCUGCACCCUUUCUAUGUCGUCUGCAUCCUUCCUGUACUGAGGCAACUAGAACUGAGCACAGUACCCCAAAUGGGAUCUGACCAGGGUCCUAUAUAGCUGCAAAAUUACCUGUUGGCUUUUAAUCUCAAUCCUACACCAUGGUUCCUGUAUGCUACUAUCGGUUGCCGGUCCCAUUGGAAAGUACAUACGCAGAGCCUCACGCAAAUAUUUGCUGAACCUUUGUGGCAUUUCUUCCGUACGUUUCCCUGAGAACAUUGGCUUCAAAUUUAUGCUUCAAGUUCCUUCCUGAUAGACUCAUAUUCCCCCCUACUCCAAUUGAAUGUUUCUUUAACUUAUCUGUUCAUAUCCCUCUCCAAUAUCAUGGUAAAGUGGUAUAGGAGAUAGAAUUGUGAUCACUAUCUCAAAAAUGUUCUCCCACUGAGAGACUCGACACCUGCUCAGGUCCAUUUCUCAAUACUAGAUCAAGUACAGCCUCUCGUCUUGUAGGCCUAUCUACAUAUUGUGUCAAGAACCCUUCCUGAACACACCUAACAAACUCCACCCCAUCUAAACACCUCACUCCAAGAAGAUGCCAAUCAAUAUUUGGGAAAUUAAAAUCUCCCACCACAACAACCCUGUUAUUAUUACUCCUUUCCAGAAUCUUUCUCCCUAUCUGCUUCUCAAUGGCAGUUGGACGGUCUAUAAAAAUGCCCGGUGGAGUUAUUGACCCCUUCCUAUUCCAAACUGUCACACACAGAGACUCUACAGACAACCCCUCAAUUACUUCCUCCUUUUCUGCAGCCGUGACACUAUCUCUGAUCAACAGUGAUCCACCUUAUUUGCCUCCCUCCCUAUCCUUUCUGAAACACUUGAAGUAGCCAUUCCUGCCCCUGCAUCAUCCAAAUCUCUGUAAUGGUCACAAAAUUCCAGAUGCUGAUCCACACUCUAAGCUCAUCAGCUUUGUACAUAAUACUCUUUGCAUUAAAAUAGACACAUCUCAAACCACCGGUUUGAGUCUGUCUCUCUAUCACCUGCCUAUCCUCCCUCUCACACUGUCUAAAAGCUUUCUCUGUUUUUGAACCAACAGCCCUUUCCUCCAUCACUUCUAGUUUAAACUCUCCCCAAUAUCGAUUGGGAACCUCCCCGCCAGGAUAUUGGUCCCUUUGGGAUACAAGUGCAAUCUGUCCUUUUUGUACAGGACAUACUUGCCCCAAAAGACGUCCCAAUGAUCCAAAAAUCUGAAUGCCUGCCCCCUGCACCAAUUGCUCAGCCAAUCAUUUAUCCUCCACCUCAUUCUAUACCUUUACUCACUGUCACGUGACACAGGAAGUAAUUCUGAGAUUACUACCUUUGAGGUCUUGCUUCUCAACUUCCUUCCUAACUCCCUGUAGUCUGUUUUCAGGACCUCCUCCCUUUUCUUACCUAUGUCAUUGCUACCAAUAUGUACCACUACCUCUGGCUGUUCUCCAUCCCACUUCAUGAUAUUGUGGGCGCAAUCAGAAAAAUCCCAGACCCUGGCAACCUGUAAACCCAAUCGGUCUGUUACCCGCCAUCACUCCCCACAGCCGUUGGCCAGGUGACACCCAGGGCGCGAGCAUGGCCAUGCACAGAACUACUUCUUCAUCUUUCAAAUAUGUUUCUGCUAUUAAGCUGGAGCCUGUGAUUUACAUUUUGAUGGCGUGUAUUCGGGCCAAUUGAGUGAUCUACAUAUGGUGUCAAGAAACCUUCUGCUGUCUCUGAGGAAGUUCCACGAGUUUGAGAGCAGAGUGUGUGUGCUGUAGGCAGAGCAGACACCUCUGAUCAUCUCCAUUAGUUCUCUGCCAUUUUUGCAUUGAGAAAGGUGGAAAUUGAUGAGGACAAAAGCAGAAGAACUACUUUUGUGAAUGGUCACACGGCGACUGGCUGUGGGGUGCGACAGUGGGUAGUCAGCUAACCGGGUUUCUGCGAUGGAAGAGCACGUUCAGGAAGGGAAGGUGGUGGCGAAGUGGCAGCACGUCUCUCCAGCCUCCCGGGACCAUGCUACUCGCCUAGCACCGCAGGGAACUGUUUAUCUCCGCUCACCAGCGUACCCACUCAGGCCGUACUAGUCACCUGAUAAUAAUGACUGAGAGAUGUGGAGCUUAUUUUCAGCAGUGAGAGAUUGUGCUGAAGCAGGACUCACAGAAGUCAACCCAGUGGCUGCCUCCUCACUUCAUGACAUCUUUUGGGAAUGGCUUCAGAUGCGGUCAGCCAUCUGCUUGUGUUGGCCUGAUUUUCCAUCCCUCUUGCUUGCUGCUGCCAGAGGGAAGUGCAGGAGUCUUGGGUUCCACUUUACAAGAAUUGAUCGGUGAGCCAUGACUUUGGACUCGUUUCAGGGGCUUUGAGUUUCAGGUCACAUGUGAUUCUGGAUUCUGUUUUUUUUUCUUUUUACUAUUUUGAGAGGUUUCAUCAUCCUGUAGAAACCUACCAAAUAUUAAAAGACUGAGAUAGAGGGAAUGUGGAGAGAACGAUUCCAAAAGUUAGAUGAUCUAGGACCAGAUGCCCUGGCAUCAGAAUAUAAGGACAUCUUUUUAGAACGGAGAUGAGCAGGAACUUCUUCAGCAGGAGAGUAGUGAAUCUGUGGAAUUCAUUGCCACAGAUGUAGAGGGCAAAUAACCGGACAUAUUUUAAGUGGGGAUUAGUAGGUUGAUAGGUUUGAGGUUAGUAAGAAUGUCAUAGUAAGGAGAAUGCAAGACAAUGGAGUUGAGAUAUAUCAGUCAAAAUUGACUGGUGAAGCAGACUUGAUUGGGUUGAAUGGCCUAAUAUGGGAUGGAUAUUCACUAUCCAUGGUCCAGGGCCCAUUUUGACAAACUCAGCUGCUUACACUUCCAGGGAUCAAAGAGUUGUUUGUGAGUAAGUUAUACAUUGAACCAAUGUUCUUUGCUCAGCUUCUUGUUUUGAAUUGUAAAUUGCAUGCAAUAAUCAGUCUGAUGUUAAAAGAGCAGCUAUGCAAACAAACUUCUGUCGAUAGAACACAGUCAGCUGGCUCACAGCACAGGGCUGGCUGCUCAAGUGAUACAGUGUAAGUCAAUUGAUUAUGUUCAUUGGGCCUGCGUCAAUCAAGACAGCACUGAGUUAUUUAGUUCACAGUAUGCUGUAGACCAGACUAAUACUAUCGCUUAGCACAUCAUAUAGCUGAUCUAUCAAUAGUUGAGAGAUAUGUGUUCUCAGAGAAUCAGCCCUCAUAGCAUUAAUUAUAAGUGUAAGGGGUUUCUUCUUUUAUGUUACUGCUAAAGCUAAUAAAAUGGCUUCUUUGUUAUGUUAAAAGUAAAAAUGCUUCUUUGUUAUGUUAACUGGUGAGAGUGCUCUCUCCCGCAGCUUUUUUGGGUUUUAAUUACUGAUAACAGGAAUUGUAUUCAUUUGUUAACCAAUUGGGAUAGAUGCUAUUCUUUCUUGUGGGUCUAUAAGCUAGUGUUUCACGGAAUUUUGGGGUGAAGGUUUAGAGAGAGAAGGCGCGAUGCUGUAAGCUUGGUGAUGGGACGGACCCCAAGUGGGGUUCCGAGGCCCAGGGUUUUCGGUGAGGAGAGGAGAAGAGGACAGAUUUCUCUGGAACGUCUGGUCGACCACCAUUGUUGCUCCCAGGUGGUGUGUUGAGGAGGUUGGAGGGGAUCGAAUGCUGGCAAGAAGACGUCGUUAACUGAGCUCCAAUGGUUGUGCAUGAAGUGGUUGAGCUUUGAUAAGUUUGGCGCCUUUUACUUUUCCUUUUAUAUUCAAGCUCGAUUAAGUACAUAGUUCCAGUAAGAUCUAUAAAGUGUAAUCAUUUAAUCGCAUAUGGUGUACUGUCUGUUAUUUGGCAUGGAAGGGACAUCACACAGCAUCCACACAAGCUGAUUACCUAGUUUGGUGGGGCCGAAGGCUGCUCCCCCUAGACGGAAGCAAGCUGAGGGGGCCUGAGGCUUACCAGGGGGCUACAUAAAAGUUUGGGAUCUCUGUCACCAUAGCCUUUUAAACAUUCUGUGUGAAAUUAUCUAAUGGCAGAAAAAACAGUAUAAAUAUUGGCAGUCAGGUUUGUUAGUAACGGUCAAGGAAGAUCAAGACAAAUGACAGAAAGACAAGAAUCCAUUCCUCUGCCUUUGAUUUCUGCAACAGAUAAUUUGUUUGUAUGCUUUUUAUCUUUUAGGAAUGUUACCUGUGAUUUGGAAAUUGUAUUUUGAAAAUCAUUUGUAAUUUGCAAAUCUUUUAUAAGAUACAAAUCCUUUGUGAGUUUUAAAUGUGUUUUAGGAAUUUUACAAAAAUUUGAAUAUGGAUCACUAAAAGUUAAUUGUCUGGAUGGAAAUAACAUCCUCUUUGGUGGUGGGGGUGGGUUUGGAUCCACGGCUCAAAUAUUGGGCAUUGGCAGCUAGACUGGCCAUUGGAUAAACAACAAGAGCAGGUGGAUAAACUCCCUUCCAUGAGGGUACCCAUAACUAUCAAUAUCUGAUUGGGUUUAAGAUCUUUGUUUGAGGUCAGAACUUCAUGGACAGCAAUGCCAAUGCCAUUAUAAUUCUCCCCAUUUCCAAAUAAGAAGCUGUUCAUUUGCUAGAGUAGAAAUGACAGCCUUUGUAUAAAGAAGAACAUGUGACCUUAAGCAGCCUGAGCCCAGGUUUGGCUAAGUUGGCUAAACUGGUUUGAUUUGGUCUCAUUUAGAUACCUGUGACACAAGAACACUGCUUGUAGUUUUGGCCAGAUGCAAUGAGAAAACUGACAUGAGUCAAUCAGAUACACCUGAAAUAAUGAAAUUAAAGCAUAACAAUUUGAUCUGGUAAGGAUAAGAAUGGAGAAUUUCCAGAGUAUCAGCUGUUACCACUCUGGAUAUAUGGAUGAACUCACAUUGGAAACAUGGAGGUUAAAUUGGGAUCAAGAAGCCAGCAUAGUCUCUAUUCCUGGACAUUAUAUUUGAUAUUCUUUAACAGUUUAAGAAGGCUAAGAUAAACAUUGUUCACACAGGUUUAUUUUUUAUUAGUCACCUGCUACUUGUUAACUAAACAAAUAAAGAUAUUUGUC